AUGAUCGCUCGCUCUAAGUCCUCAAAAGCAUACCAGGACUGGGUGGUGAACCAGGAUCGAGUUGACCCCGACCUUUUAAUCGCGUUGAUCGCCGCCAUGGAAGGGCACUCGUCGCUGGACGACCCCUCCUUGGUCUUGACGAUCGUCGAGGUUCAUGCCUAUUCGUUGCUUUUGGAGACCUUUCUCUUCGCGCUCUACGUGAUUCUCAUGGUGUAUCUUGUGUGCCGUCCGUGUGGAGCUCGUCAAGGCCAUGCACUUCCACGUCUGCUGAAGUUCUUCACAUCAUCCAUGUUCAUUCUGUAUCUGGUGUACUGGGCGCUCGAUGUCCAUCUUCUACGGAUGGGAUAUCUCACGCUUCGGCUGAGCAGCGUCAAGCGACAUAGCCACGUGGGCAGGCAUCUUGACAGGGUGCCUCCCACUCUCGAAGCCAGUCUUCCGCAAGAGUUCUUCACUGUCGUAUACGUGCAGUAUAUUCUGCAACUGACCUUGGCCUCUGCUACGGUUUUGAUAGCAUUCAAGGCUUGGGUAUAUUGGAGGGACGUUCGUGGGUCUGUCCACAGAUCUGUGUCAAGCCCCGGCCUCAGGGCUCUUGCCAGUAUAAUCGAAUCAGGGAUUGUAUACCUAGCUCUUCUGGUUUGGUAUGGGUCUAUCGAGUUCUGGGGGGCGUCUGAUUCACUCGCGCGAUGGACGGCCAGAUACUAUUGUGUCCCGCUCAUUGCUAUGUACCCGACCCUUGUCAUUGCCAUCGUGGGCUCUCGCCGUUCCAUGCAAGAGCGACGCUCCAGGAAAUCCGCGACGAACAUUGAUGAAACGCGCGGUGCCCCCUACAAGCCUCCCCGUGGCUCCAACGGAACACCAUAUCAGACGCAAUGGAUAUACCUCACAUUCAGCAAGGACCCGGAAAGCAUGAGCGUAGUCUCUGCAUCUAAGGACUACGAGUCGCUGAUGACUUCUGAUGAUAAGACAGGUACCACAGUGAACCAGCCUCAGAUCCCACUUCCUCCCAGAGUAGUAGCCCUUCCGAGAUGCCCUGAGGCCGUAUAUAGCUGA